AAUUGAUACAGAGAGAGCAUAGCCGCCUGUGUUCUCGUUACUGUUCAAGGCUGAAUGCAAUCAUUGCCUGAUUCUGAUUCAACAAUUACAAUAAAAGCAAUACCUGCAACUACUAAUUUUGAUUCCACCACUAUUACCACCCUCACUAUCUCUUCUUUCAGUCACAGAGAAAGGAGAAAGCAUAUUCCACACCUCUGCUCUGUGGGUCUUUUUUAUUUUUUAUUUUUUAUUUUUUAUUGGCGAUGGACUUUUCACGAAAGUUGCUUUCUACUCUGACAGGCACGGGCAGCCAUAGCACAGACUCGGGACGCGUGACAGAAGAUGCAAAAGCCUUUUCAGAUGAGUCGCUGGAGGCUCUACGGCUUAACAUCUCCAAUCCCAACGUAUCAACGGCUGUUAUGAAAGAGAACAUGAUACGACUUAUUUACGGAGAAAUGAUGGGGCAGGAUGUCCAAUUCGGAGUCAUCUAUGCGUUAAAACUAGCUCAGAGUGGGCAGACUGUGGCAGAAAAGCGUGCUGGAUACCUUGCUUGUUAUCUGUUGCUUCAAGAAGGCAACGAGCUUAAUAUUAUGCUGGUGAACACGCUUCAAAAGGAUUUGACAAGCAGCAACUAUCACCAUGUUGUCGUGGCGCUAGUGACACUCUGCAACAUGACGUUGUUAGACGUGAUCCCUUCUAUGGUCGGCCAUGUCCUCAAAGCCAUGUUGCACACAAAUGAGUCAGUUCGAAAGCGGGCAUUGGUUGCUUUGAAAAACUUUUAUAUCCAGAAUCCAGACUUGAUACUACCAUACCUCGAUCAGAUUAAAGAGGCGCUUUUUGACUCUGAACCAAGUGUUAUGUCUGCUGCCCUUGGUUUUUUUGCUGUGGUUGUUCAAGACCAUGGGAAAGAAAUGAUUGGGCUUGUACCAGCACUCAUCAAGAUUCUCCAACAGGUGAUUGAUGGCAAGCUGCCCAAAGGUUAUUCCUAUCAUGGAACUCCUGCACCAUGGAUCCAAAUCCGCUGUCUCCAAAUAAUGGCACGUCUCGGACAAUAUGAUCUUAGUGCAAGUAUGGCGAUGACGCCAGUCAUCAUGGGAGCAUUCCACAAAGCAAGGCAAGGAGUUGAUACCGCGUUUGCUAUCCUAUUUGAGGUGAUUCGAACAUUGAACACCUUUCAACCAGCGGUUAUUCUUGAGUUGUGUCAGUACAAGGAAAAGAGUCGGAACCCACUUUUGAUUAUUACUAAAUUUGCAACAUCUUCGAAUCAGAACCUGAAAUAUCUGGGCAUCUCCAUGCUCUGUCAGGUUCGUCCGGAUGCCUGGUCAGAUACCUGGUGGAAUGAAGAUUUGCUGUCAGCUGUCGUCCAAGCCUUAGACAGCCGAGAUGCUACGAUCCAAAGAAAGGCACUCGACUUGCUCUAUCGGAUGCUGACCAUUGAUAACUCUGAGAACAUUAUUGACAGACUUGUCUAUGCCUUUUAUCAGGAACAGGACGAAUAUGCUUCGACCGAAAAUAAUAAGAGUAACAAUGGCAGCAAUGGUCGAUCUAGGGGUGAACAAUAUCCAAGCCGUCGUGAAAAAAUUUUGGAUCAGAUCUUGGAUGCAGGAGAAAGGUUUGGUAAAUCUGAGGCAUGGUACCUUGAGCUAAUUUAUGACUUGUUAGAAAGAGGAGGACAAGUAAUAACCAUGCAGACUGUUGAAAGGGUCAUGCGAGUUUUUGAAAAAGGUGCAAGAAGCCCUGCUUUCACCACAAUACACUUGCGAGUCUUAGCUGUCCAAAAGACCAUGGAGCUACUUGCUGAGAAGGAGUACAGUUUGACCACUUCCACUUUGGCCUCUGAAAAGGAUAAGGUGACUUCAACACUGCCACUGGCCUAUUUUGCAACCUGGAUCCUAGGUGAAUAUGGUGAUAUUGCUGAUGAUGGAAGCAUAUCAACUAUCCUUGAAGUCCUGGUGCGUUGUCUCUUGAUCAAUCAAGAAUCCCUGAUUCAAGCAUUUAUUUUCACUGCUCUAACCAAGAUCACCCUCAAAUCUAAAAAUGGUAUUCCAGCCAAUAUCGCGGCUGUCGUACGAGCGCAUAUUCUCAGCUGGAACACUACUUCUUCUUCCUUCUCAUCAUCAUACGUAGUUGACACCCAGUACCGAGCUCAAGAGUUUUUGAUGAUUGCUGAGCUGACAUCCAAUGUGGCGACUUAAG